ACGUGUUUUCGAUCGACACGUAUUUUCGAUCCCCAAAUUUGAUUCCCGUUUACCGCGAGACCGUGCGUGAUCCUUCGAGACCAGUGUCCCCGAAGUGACGACUUUACUCACCGCUAUCUCCGACUUUCAAGAUGUUGAGAAUAAAGUUUCCAGUCACUGUGAUAAGCAAAGGGAAGGCCAGUUAUCGUCAAUAUUCCCAUGAAUCUUUCAAUCAUGCAUAUGAAGCUGUGGUUGGUCAGGGAAUGCCAUAUAAGAAAGCGUCCAGAAUUUUCUCCAUCCCAUAUUCCACCCUGCAUGACAGAGUUAAUGGAAAAACUAAAUUGGAGUCAACUAGAUCUGGUCCUGACCCCCUGCUUACUCAGGAAGAGGAACAAACACUAGUCACGCACAUUGAAUUGAUGUCUUCCUAUGGCUAUGGCUACACUCGCACUGAAGUGACAGUGCUUGCUACUGAUUUGGCUAUUCACCUUGGAAAGAGGAAGAAAGUAGAUAAGCCACUCUCACUACGGUGGUUUUACAACUUCAUGACACGCUGGCCAGAGCUCAAGGUGCAGAAACCGAGAUCGCUUGAGAUAAUGAGGGCUAAAGCUACAUCCCAUGAAACGGUCAACAGAUAUUUUGAUGAAAUGGAGAAGAUCUUGGAGAAAUAUAACCUGAAGGAUCGACCAGAGGCCAUCUAUAAUGUUGAUGAGAAGGGCAUUGUUGAGAAUCAUACACCUCCAUCUAUUGUAUCCUCACGCUAUGAGGUACCUCCAGCAGUUACCAUGGGCAAAUCAUCAACUACAACUGUCAUUGGGUGUGGUAAUGCUCUUGGAAUGGCAUUGCCUCCAUUUUUCAUCUUCAAGGGAAAACGGAUGCGCAAUGAAUUCUUGUCAGGUUGUACAGCUGGUACAGGAGGUACAAUCAGUGAUUCAGGUUGGUCUAACUCUGACAUUUUUGAGAGAUACCUCAAGGAGCACUUCAUGAAAUACUCCCUUCCUGCUACAUCAGAUGACCCUGUCUUGCUGCUUUAUGAUGGGCAUAGGUCUCAUGUAUCACUGCCUCUCAUUCAAUGGGCACGGGAGAACAAUAUCAUUUUAUUUGUACUUCCAGCGCACACUUCACAUGUUCUUCAGCCGAUGGACAUUGGAUGUUUUGGACCAUUUGAGAAAAUCCUCAAUGGUAUGCGGCACACACAUAUGCGGCACCAUGCAACAUCUGGCAUUGACAAGUAUUCCCUGUGUGAGAUAGCCUGCAAGGCAUAUGCAAGUGCACUUACGCCAAACAACUUGCAAGCAUCAUUCCGAAAGUCCGGCAUCUAUCCAGUUGACCGAUGUGCUGUCAACCCGUCAAGUUUUAAGCCAGCUACAGUUUUCACUUCAUCAGAAGUCAACCAUCAAGAGAACAUUUCAGCUACUCCUUCCUCGUCUGUCACAGCAGCUGACGAAUCUAUUGAUGACACAACAGACAGAUGUACUGACUUUUUCAGGACAGCUCAAGCUGUGCUGACAGAGAACCCAAAGCAAACAAAGAAGCGAAAAGUCCUUAGUGCCAUAGUGGGAGGUAAAGCCAUCACUGAAGAUGCAGUUGUACAUGACAUCAAGAAACAUCAGGAGCAACAGAAAAAGAAACCAAAGAAGCCAAAGAAAUCUGUCAGCAAUAAUUCAGCCAAGCCAAGUACUUCAGGUGUCGGUCAUCAGAAGAGAAAAUCACAUAGUCAACUGCCUGCUGAUACAAAUGACGAAGACUGUGAUGAAUCUGAAACAACUGACCCUAAGGACCUCUGUUGCAAGUGCAAAAGGUUCCAACCUGCAGAACUGAGAAACAUUGACACCCUUGUCUUUGUUUCAUGGGCACAGUGUACAUAUCCGGAUUGCUGUCACUGGGUACACCUAAGAUAUUGCACUCCUGUCCGUGUUGUUCGCACGCAUUCAAAAUUCUGGUGCCCAUGCCACAAUCAAUCAGAGGAAUAAAAAAAAACAAGCAAAUAUUAAACAGGAAAGGGGAAUCGCAGCAAGUGAUUUCAUUUUGAAAUUUGGGAUACCAAAUAUAGUGUUCCAUUUUGAAAUUCCAAAUAUUCUAAAGAAACUCAAUUUUAAAGAAUUCCAACUUUCAUUGCAAAAUUCUGUGAUGGCUUUUUCAGAGUGGAUCACAGAUUGUUAAAAAUGCAUUGCAUUAUGCUAUUUGCUCACUGCCGGUAUUAUAAAACUAGACCAAGUGAUAUUUUAGAGUAAAAUUGUCAUUCAGCUUUCAUUCAAGCAAAGGAACAGAUUCCUUACAAGAAACAAAUUCCACUUUUCCAGCUGUUGCUCCCCUUUACCCUCCAAAAAAAAAAAAAAUUCAAGAUGGAAAAAAAAAAUCUCCUUUAAUAAAAUGCACACAGCUAAAACUAAAGUGAUCCAUACCAAAUUCUCCUUUUGUUGAUUCAGCCACUUAUUCAUAUUUUUUUUUAAAUAUAUAAUUCACAAUUUCCCAGUUCAAAAACUUUUCACAUCCUCUAUUUUAUAAACUAUACAUCAUCUGUACAGGAGAAUUGACAGUCGGGACAAAACUUUUAUCAUUUUUGAGUGAUUUCGCGCGCCAUAGCAUCCCCGAUGUUGAUGAACAUGGCCACACAGCCGCUGUACCGAAAACUGGUGACGCUCCGUCCGAAUGGCGGACAUGCUAUCGCUGUAAAUCGCGGACGAUAUUUCGGAAAAAAGGGCUUCAACUUCGAUGAUUUCAACAGCUUAUAAAUUGGAAGUAUCCAGUUGAAUGG